AGCGCCGGUACUUUCCCUUAAACUUUUUGUAUGCAUUAUUAGGUUUAACCGAUCUGUACAUGUUGGAGCAGAUUUAACAAUAAGUUAAAGUAAAGACAUUAGAGAAAAAAGCAGAUAAAACAUAGACAAAGAUGGAGGCUUGUAACGAAACACAAUCGAAUCAGAGCUUACCCGCUGCUUGGCAACACGACAAGACAUUGGGUGAUUGUAUGAUAAAACUCUAUGAGAACAAGCUGUGGACAGAUGUCAAGUUCAGAUGCAAAGGUCACGACGACAUUGAAAGAAUUUAUGCGCAUAAAAUAGUUCUUGCUGCAAGAAGUCCCGUGUUCCAGGCGAUGUUUUUUGGUCCAUGUACAGAAGAAAAAGAAGAAAUUCUGCUUGAUAAUAUUGAAGCAGAAACAUUUGAUUUAUUCUUGAGAUAUACUUAUAUGGACAAAGUGACCUUAACUGAAGAAUUGGCUGCAUCGGUCCUAGAGACAUCUCACUAUUUCCAGGUGACUUAUCUUGUGCAGUUUUGUGCCGACUUUCUGGCUUUGUGUGUCAGGAAUGACAACGUAUGUGAUAUUUUAUCGCUGGCUCGGCGCUUUGAUCUCAGUUCCCUUUGUAAAGCUUGCUGCAUUUUUAUUGACGAAAAUGCUGAUGAAGUGAUGGAAUCUGAAGGCUUUCUAGAACUUACAGAAAAUAACCUAGCAUACAUUUUGAAAGGAGACACAUUUUAUGCAGACGAGACUAAUACAUUUCAGAAGGCCGAAGAAUGGGCAAAGAAGAAACUGAAAGAAAGUCAAAUUGAAAAUAAUGGGCAAAAUAUAAGAAAAAUAUUAGGACCAACAUUUUAUUACUUGAGAUUACCCUCUAUGUCACUUGAUGAUUUUCGGAAAUGUACACGUAGGAAAGGUUAUUUUUCUAUGGAAGAAUAUGAGGAUAUUGCUGAUUGUAUCUAUAGAACGCCUGAUACAACCGUCAUUAGCAAUUCAUGCGUUGCAAGACUGCCAUAUGAGGAACAAAUAUACUGUUUGGAUGAGCAAAAUACGGAAGUUGCAAGUGACAAAAUACAGACAAGUUUUUAUGUAACUAUUCAUAGGGAUGUGAAAUUAAAAGCAGUGGAAUUGGCGGAAAUAUUUCCUUAUUUGGAGUAUGAUAGCAUUUUAUAUAGUAAUAAGUAUGCUGAAUGUGUGAACUUAAAUUCAUCGGAAGCAAAUACUGCUUUAUUAAAAUAUUGUGAUCAAGUCAUUCAACCAAAAACAAAACAAUCUCUGUGGAAACUUGAGGAACAAAUAGGCCAGAACUUGCCAGAGGGUGUAGCAAUUGUUAUAACAGGAAGUUUGAAAUUGACAUGCCAGAAAGACAAAAACGAGACGGUAGCAGUUGAUGAUGAUGUUGAUGAUGAUGAUGAUGAUGUAGGCAACCAAAACGAUAAUUAUGAUGAUGAUGAUGGUUGUGGUGGUUAUGAUGAUGAUGAUGAUGAUGAUGAUAAUAAUGAUUUUGGCAAUGAUGAUGAUGCCGAGAAGGAAUAUCAGGUAUUUAAACAAGAUUUGAAACUGGUUUCCAUGGAUGAGGCAGAACGCAAUAUUACUCUUGAACAGCCGAUUAUUCUUGAAAAAUCAAGAUCGCCGUAUAUUUUGACGAUCGAUCUGGAGUACGAAUAUUCACGUUCAAUUAGAAUGAAGACAGGACAAAGUUCAGAGGAAACUUUCACAAGUGAUCAUGGUGUCUUUGAAGUUGAAGUUAUACGUGGGAAUUUUACAGGAGUCAGAAGUCUUUGUUUUGAAAAUAUGUCAAAUCGUGAUGAAUGUUAGAACAAACUAAUUCGUAAGCAAGUAUUUGAAAAGAUGUUGUUUCUGUGGACACAAUGUGUCCAACAAGCGUUAGUACAUAUACCUUUUAAGAAUGCGUAAAUCUACGAAAUUGUAAGAUGUGUGAACAAACAGAUCAUUAAGUUUUGCUUGAAGUUAUAUCUAAUGUCCAUUAAUAGUCAUAAAUAAUCAUAUGACCCCUGGUCACUUUUUAUUGGAGACUAGGUUUCUUAUCUUAUCUAAAUAACAUAUUCUACAGGUUUAUUCAAUGGAUCUUUAUGCUUUAAGCUUUUUUUUUUUUUUUUUUUUU